CCUCGCUCCCCUGAAUCCGCCCUUGCGUCAAUCAGUCGAUGAGUGCCAGUUCAGGAUCAAUUUCAAUAUGACGUAAGUGUAGGCACUUGGCUUCGGACAUCUCAAAUAAACAAAUUAUUUUUGUUAGGGCUCACGGUCCUCAAAGGGCAAGGUCUGGGAACAUUGUUGAUACCGUAUGUUUGUAAUGUUUGAUGCCUUCGUCAUACAAAAUGAAUAGCAUAAUGCGAAAGCUAUGUUACAACUAAGACAUAGGCCAGUAGUAUCGUCCAUACCUGACAUCACACCAGGGCACGCAUCGACGUCGAUUGUGAAUAUUGAAAUGCCGCAAGCACAUUUUCUCCAAAGCUGAACACAGCGUGUCUUAAAGCCGGAGAGAAAAAGAUGGGAAGAGGUGGGGUUGGCGAGUCUCCCCUUGCCCAACUUUCAAAACGUUACCGCGCCCGCCCCUUCUGGACCUAUCCUCUCAUCCCGCGGCGCUGUCUCAUCGCAUGCUAUGGAUGCACUUAAGACCCAGGGCACUAGACUGCCGUGCUAACUAUUAAGGUAGCUAUCUAAAAGAAAGCUGGAGCUGAGGCUGAAGCUACCUACUGCCAAAAGACCGUUAUGUUGUUCCUUGAAGCAAAUUUGGGGGUGGUGGAAUCCUUUUUACAUAUCUGAAAUUUGGUAGCUUGUCAUUAGCGGAUAUAUGGCGCCGAUGUUUCAACUAACGUUUCCAGUAGCUGAGUCGCGGAGUGCUGCUCUGGGUGCCGGGUCGCGGAGCCCCGCAGGGUUUGAAUUCGCCGAUUGUCAGUAUGGAAGUAGCUUUUAAUCCACCCUUUUUGGGAAAAUGUCAAAGACCUCAUUUUUGUGAUGAGGUUACCGACAUUGGCGAUUUUUGCAAAUCGUUUGGUGCUGAGGUAGCAAAGCUGGUAAAUAAAAAUCAGAAUGACGCCAAGUCUGAGCCAACCAUUGAAUCAUUUAUGGAGAUGUCCAAAUCUGCAGUUGAAGAAGGUAGCUCAAAUAUGCUCUGUGGACCAACUGACAUGCGAUGGAGAGGACAUGUUGGAGAGAAAGCUCAAGGUGGACACGGACCUGGACGGAAAGUCAAACUUCCCAAACUUACCUGACAUGUCGCUGCCUUUGGGCGAGGAUAUUGACGAGCAGGCGGCGCAAGUGCUCGAAAGCCUCAAAACGCGGAAGCGCCGGCAAAACAUCAUCAAAAGAAGAACAGCCGUGGCUAAGAUGCUCUUCGGCACUCUGCGGUUUUCGUCAGAAGUGCGGCUGGAGUCAGACGAGGCGAGCAAGCCGGCGAGGCGUCAUGGCUUGAGACCGGGCAGCACGACAGAGCCGGUGAUCACCGUCCGUGUUUACCAGCCGCCGGCAGCCAGCACCACCGUUGGCUCGUGCCUAUCCUGGUUCAACAUGUCCCAGGAGGUAGCGUGCCUGGGAAGCAACCGGCUUACCCAGCUGCGUGACGUCAUCACCUGCCCCGAGGACCAGCUGGUGACGAACGACUGCAGCGUCGCGCCCCGCGGCACACCGCGUCAGCAGGCUAAGAGCAUGUACCCAUCGGGGUUCUUCUGCAUCAACCGCGUCUUCUACGUGGACCAGCGUGACCCGAAACACAUCGACUACAGCGAGCCGAUUCGGAAGUGGGCGGCCGCGCAGCUGGCCGGCGACCUGCCCACCCGCUCCAUGGAGGACGUCUGCUUCAGCGGACCUGAGCGUGAGACUCGGCUACCCGUACAUCUACGUGCACCAGGGCUGCUGCCAGCACCUGUUGGUGUUCUCCGACGUGAGGCUGUUCCACCAGACCAGCGUGGCCGACCCGCAGGCGUAUCCGGUGGUGCAGGCCGUUCGGCGCUCGCUGCGCCAGGUCUGCCAGGUGUGCGACCGCCAGCACGCCAGGUGGCUGACGAUGGACCACGAGCUGACGCCCACCGAUCCGACCUACUUCUGCGAGACCUGCUUCAGGGGCUUCAACUACCGCGCCGGCCGGCGCAUGGGCUCGUUUCGGGCGUACCCGUACGAGCCGGACCCGCCGGCGGCGCAGCGGACGACGGCGCGCGACCCCGCUGCCGAGGCGGAGGGCGCCGCCACCUCCUGAAGCCGCGUCCGGCGACGGCAGCGGUCGGACGCGCUGAGAUCGGCUGCCUUGAGCCAGGGUGCGGACUUGGAGGUGGCACCGGGUGGCUGGACGGGUGCGCUGCUGCGGAAGCGGCCCUGUGUCGGCGGCAGAAUGGGAUGUCGUUGUUCACGCGGCUGCUGUGACGUCGCGUUGGAUUCUUUGUGCAUCGAUCGUUUCGGGUCGUUAUGGAGUAUUUGUGCAGCGAAGCUCGUAGCAAUACAGCUAUCCUUUCGUG